ACAGAGAGGAAGAGAAGGUUGCUGUGCUCCAGUGGGGACUGGCCUGGGGCUGUGUGUGGUCUCCCAUGUGUGCAGGUGCCUGAUGUGCAGAGACACAGCUGCAGCCCGGCACUAACCCUCAGGACAUGGGUUAGAUGUGGGGUGUCUGAGGGAGGCAUGAGCGACUGCUGCCAAUUGCCCAGUGAGGUGCACGUGCUGCCUGGCUGCAGGGCGGGCUCCAGCCCAGGGCUGUGCACCAGCAAGUCCUCCACCCUCCCUGGCAGGACUUGGCCUGCAGCCCCCACCCUGAGCCCUCAGGAGCCAUAGAGAUGGGUCACGAAGUUCCAGCAGUGCUGCCUGCCCAGCAGCAGGUGAGGUAUGUGCUCCCCUGAGGGAACACCUGUUUGUGCAUGUGUGUGUGUGUGCAUGCAUGCAUGCACUUGUGAAUGUGUGCAGGGCCCACACCCAGCAAGCUGCUGCCAGACAGCAGAGCCCUCCUCCCCACGCCAGAGGUUGUGGUGCGGUGUUCCUGCACCAUCUUCUGGCUGCUGGGCCAGGCAGAGCUGGGAGAGCCCUGCCUGCGCCUGGUCACCCUCCUCUGAGCCAGCCUUCCUGGCCCUGCCCAGCGCCGCAGGGGAGCUGGGGUCCUUGCCUGGGGCUGUUCAGGUUUUGCUGCCAGGCUGUAGGCCUCUGCCAGCCUCUUCCCCACUCAUGCCUGCUCAGAAGGCCAGGAGCAAAGCAGAGGCUCUAUGUUCUGUUAGCCUGACCUGCCCUGGCAGUGGGCUGCAAUACCAGCCAUACCCUGGAGUGCCAGCCCCAUGCUCCUGGGAGGCAGUUGGGCAAUGCUGCAACCCUAGGUGUGAUCCUGCACAGCCAGCCUGCUGCCUCUGUGCGUAGGAGACUGCCACCUUUCUGUGGCCAUCGCCCAGGAGAUGCAGCUCCAAGCCUGGACCAGGGAUGCUGGGGCUAGUAACAGCUUCAUAAACCCUGGCACAGCUGCCACACUGCAUGGUCCAUGGCCUGGGUAGGCUGGUGUCACUCCUGCUGCAACCUCCAUCCCCUUGUGCACUUGGCUCCUGCCAACCUGCAGCCUCUGAAGCAACCUCAGAGGUUACUAAGAGGGGACCUGAACACAUAAGGAAUUGACAUUGAAGCUGGGAAAGACUGUUGAAAAUGUGCAAUAGCUUGGAGUGUUUUUUAAUUUGCCAGGAAAACACAGGAGCACAAGCAGAACCUUAGUAAGAGAGGGUGAAAAUGAAGAAGAAAUGCAAUUAUCUGGUGGGAAACAACGCAUGCUUUGUCAUUUUAAGUCUUUGAAUCAAAUAGGACAUUUCUUCCCGCUUCUUCCCAUGUCUUCCUAUACCAGCCAGGAGCCCUGGGUGUCACUGUGGUCUUUGGUUUGUGCUAGAGUGGAGGUGAGCGCAAUGCUCAGCCCCAGCCCUACAGCCGAGGAGCUGUGGGCCUGAGCCCAGAGCCUGAGUUUCAGUGUUUCUGUCCAGCCACAGAUGUCAUCCUUGUUACAAGCUUAAACAAAUGGCUUUAGAGAGGCACCUUUAGCUACAUGAGUCAAUUCCUGAGGAAGGAAACAGCUGGAUAUUUUUAAUAGGAAAAGCUUUAAAUAGGAUAUCUCCUUUCUGUUAUGUUGGUGGAGUUGCCGCCUGUGAAGCUGGUGGGUUAUGCUGGUGGAGAUACGGGACUGAAGAGAUCAUUGGCUACAAAACAGGCUGGCCUGGACAACUUCAGGUUCCCUGGUUGUGACCAGUCAAGUGCCACCAGCAGAUAAGGCCUAGGGAGUACGUGCCUGUGUCCUCUGAGGGGUUUCUGCAGUGGCCUCCCAGGAUGGGGGCACAGCUCCGUUGCCCACUCGCUGGCUGUCCCUUAUCUCCCUGCGCAGACUUGUGCUCUGACCUUGCGCAAAAGCAAGUCCUGUGCCUGCGCUGUGGAUAAAGAGCUGGCCAGGUGAUGGGACCUCUGCCAGUGCCCUCGCUUUCUCUUGUGGUGUGUCUCGCUCCAGCAGCUGGACUUGUUUGCAAGUGCUCAAGCAAGACAAUGUACCAGCAUUUCCUUUUCCUUUUCUUCCUCUCCUUCCAUCCCCAUAAAUGCCAAGAUGAAAUCCUGGGUGAAGAUCCAUAUGAAAUGCCCAAAGACUACCAGGAGGUCUACAGAGGGACAGAAAAUGACAUCAAAGAGAUCCCAGAGAUCACAAAGCCCUUCAUUUCUGAGAUGAUCUUCAUGCAAACCAGUAUCACUGUUAUCAGGAAAGGUGCCUUCAGGUACAUGCCCAAUCUGAUCAAGAUUUUGUUUAUUGGCAACAAGAUCAAGACAGUUGAACCUGGAGCCUUUGAUAAUUUGGAGAAGCUGAAGGAUUUGGAGAUCUCUGGUGCCUCAUUAGAAGAAUUAGGUGUGGGCACUUUUCAAAACCUCCCAAGCUUGCAGAGGCUGGAGCUGAGAGACAGCCACAUCAGGCACAUCCCCAAAGGCUUGUUUGAUGGACUGGGGAAUUUGAGAGAGCUCUCCCUGUACAUCAAUGCAAUCCCUUCUCUUCCAGAAGGUAUUUUUGAUUCCCUCAUCAAUCUAACAUUUUUGGACCUGGCUAGAAACAGGAUCACAGCUCUUCCUGGGCAUGCCUUUAGCAAACUUCCUCACCUGCAAGUCCUCCGGUUGUAUGAGAAUGAGCUGCAGGACCUUCCAGAGGGGCUGCUAGAUGGUCAGGCAGGGCUGCUGGAGCUCAGCCUCCAGAGGAACAGGCUCAAAGCACUGCCACCCACGUUCCUGAGAAACCUGCCUCACCUGGAGAAACUCCUCUUAGACAACAACUUCAUUGGGGCUCUCCCUCUCCAUGGCUUUUUUGGUUUAAACAAAUUGAAGCUGCUGACUCUAGAUUCAAAUGAUAUUAUGGAGCUCCCUUGCUGCCUUUUUGACACCAUGCCACACCUGCAGGAGCUGGAUCUGAGCAGAAACAGUUUGGCCACACUUCCAGAUGGCAUCUUUGUCAACCUCACAUCUCUUGCCAAACUCAUCUUGUCCCACAACCAGCUAGCAGACCUGCCAAAAGGAGCCUUCACUGGCCUCAGCAAGCUCUCAGACCUCCAGCUAAAUGCAAAUCGGCUCUCUGUUCUGGAUGAUGGGGUCUUUACUUCUCUCCCAAAUCUGAAAACCCUCAGUCUUCGGAAGAACCACCUGGAGAGUGUCCCCCAAGGGCUCCUGGAUCCCAUGAAGAUGCUCAGCUCAGUGUAUUUGAGUGGAAAUCCAUGGAGAUGUGACCGCAACCUCUGUUACCUGCACAGCUGGGUUCUAGGCAACAGUGAGAAGGUUAAAUUGUCCACCCAAGUGUUGUGCAACAACCCACCCCACCUGGCAGGGCAGGCAGUGACAUCACUGAGGAACAAACACUUAAUUUGCCCAGCUACUCCUCCUCUUUCAACUUCUUUUAACUUAUCUCUGCCAUUCACCUCCACAUCAUCACAAAGGGCGUCAACCUUUCUGUUACCUGCAGCCUUGUCCACCUCAGUACCAACCAUGCUAUCAUUGCCAACUAUGCCAAUGGAGGCCUUAGUCACUGCUCCAUCAUUAGCAAUACCUCCAAAGGCCUCCAUUGCCACCUCAUCACCAUCUAUGCUGCCCAAAACCUUCAUCAACACACCAUCACCAAUUGUGCAGCCUGAGGCCUCCAUCAGCACCUCAUUAACAGCAGUGUUACCCAAGACCUCCAUCACCACCCCAUCAUCAAGUGUGCUGCCCAAGGCUUCCAUCAACACAUCAUCAUGGACCAUGCUGCCUGAGAGCUCCAUCAUCACUCUAUCAUCAACUGUGCUGUCAAAGACCUCCAUCACCACACCACCACCAGCUGUGCCACAGGAGACCUUCAGCUUGCAUGCAACUCCAGCCAUCACAUGCCUACAGCUUCCUGGAGCCACCAGCCCAGAUCCUGCACUGUUCACUCUAGCCUCUGCCACCACACCAGUGCCAAUCAGCAUGCUGGCAGCCACCACCAGACGAGUGCCUCAUGCUCAUCUGUCUCCCACAGAGAUGCCAGGUGCUGUCCCAUGGAGGACACCCAGCAUCUCCCUUGUCUCAACUCCCCUCAGGGCACUCUGGCCACCCUACAGGGCUGCUGUGCCAGGUGUGUUCCCACUGGCCUCACACUCCCCAUCUCACCGUUCUCCUGUGCCAGGUGGGGAGUGGGAUCGUGCCACUGCAUGGGGCCUGUCCAAAGCUGGUACCCAGUCCACUCCCAUUACCUCCCAACACUCUUCCACUCCUUUAGGCAUCAUCCCACUUCCGAUGUCUCCUGUCCCCCCGCCGCGAGACCAUACGAGUCCCUGGCCAGCCUCCCCACCCCUGUCCCCCAGGGGCCACCACACCUGGGGCUUUGCCCUGCGGUCCAGCCCGUGGCAUUGCCAGGUGUCCCUGGUCCUGGGUCUGACCACGCUGGUACUGCAGGUGGGCUGCAUGCUGCUAUGGGGGAUGUUCACCCUCCUCCUUCACCAAGCCACCCACCGCCAGGGCCACCCCAUGCUGCCAGUGAGGUUCUGAGUCUGCAAGCUUUAGCUACCUCAAGGUCCUCUGAGCAAGCUCGGGCACCUCUUUGAGCAUUUUUGCCCCUGCAUGACCUGGGCAAUGCCCAUCAUCCUCCUUGGUGGUCUGACGCCAUGGGGUGCCUAGGACAUGGGGUGAGGACCAGCAUCAGUGGGAUGCAGUACCCCAGGGGUGAGUGUCCCAGUCCCCAUGCUGGUUUGGGGUGCCUCGCAGCUGGCCCCUGGAGAUGUGGGGAGCCUGUGCACGGUGUCACUGCCUGAUGGACCCUUCUGUCAAGCGACACUAGAUGGCAUCCCGACACAGGCAGUGGCUGCCACAGCCUGCCCUGAGACAUCGAGAGCAGAGAGGGCGACCAGUGGCUCUGGAGGCACCGCACAGAAAUGCCAUGGACAGCAGCCGGCCGGCUGGGGACCCUGCGGGACCUCGGGCACAACGCGCUCCUGCUCGCAGGGCGGUAGGGUCUGGUCGGGGCGCCUCCCUGCGUCUCCUCUCCAUCCAUGGUGGGUACCUGCAUCUCCCCUCCAUCCAUAGCAGGUACCUGCAUCUCCUCUCCAUCCAUGACAGGUACCUGGAGGGUGCAAGCAGCCCUUGUGAAAGGGCAUCCCAAGACUACCUGUCCUGUGCCCCAAUUUCUUCCCCACCUUGUGUUAUGGGAUGCAUCAGUGCCAAUACAUCCAUCGUAACACACUGACCUCCUACGCUCUCUUUUUCUGUUUACUCCCCAGUGAUAUUAAAGUCUUCCCUGCAUCUCUGCUGUGCACUGAAGGACUGAUAAGAGAAGUAUUUUCAUCCCACGACUUUUCUCGAUGUGACCUGCUGUAGUCAGCUGCUUGCUGGACUGUGGGGUCCCCUGGCGGUGCCAGCUAUCAGGAACUGGUGUAGGACCAGGGUUGCACACCCUUAUGUAGGCAGUGACAUAUUGAAAAAGUAGACAUGCUUUUCUUCCCUCUCUCAGAUCUCAUGCCUCCAAAACUUCUUUGCCAUGCUACCUGCCCUGGCGUCUCUGGAAGAGUAAUAAUGUUGGAGCACAGACAGCCGCACGGUUCUUAUAACUUCACCUGAUACUGCUGCAGGUUUCGGCACUAGCUCUUUGUAAGCUCGUGAGGAAGAAAGUAGCUCUUCUCAUAAAUGCUGGUUUGAUGUGCACCUUCACGUCUGUAGUCCUGGGCUGCCAUGAGCCCCAGGGAAGUGCCGAACUUAAACAAAAGUGAGUAGUUUUGCAGGUUUUCUGUAAGCAGUGAAAGUUUCACUGGAAAGCUCUAGCCCAGGAGAAUUUUGAGCCAACGAACAUCGAGGUUGUUCCUCUGUUUGAGUCUUUGGGUACCUUAUUUUGCUCUCGGCUCAGUGCUGACUUCACCCUACACCAGGUGAGCUGCUUCUAAAUUUAACCAGCCCGGUUACUAAAGGAUUGCAGAUUUCUGCUUUCAACUCCUCACCUUUGCCUCUGGCACCUGCUCCAUCCUGCCCUACCUUUGGGUGCCUUUUCCCAGGUGUGGGACUUAGGGGCUUCCUUUCUUUGGGAGGUAUCUCUUCUGUGUUUGGGGGUUCCUGAAAAUUAAUAGUCUGGACAUGUGCUGGGCAAAGAACCAUAAGGAAGCAGCUCAGAAACCUCCCAGCUGGGGAGCCCCGAGUGCCUCAGUUCCCCUGUCUGGUGCAAGAUCAAGGGAGGGCGAGAGGGCUUUGCAUUAGGGUAUGUGCCUGCAGCUAUGCAUUAGGCACUUGGAUAUAUGUCUUUUCUAAGAGCCUGUGCAGUGUUAGAGGCCCUUGGACUGCUCCUUGAAGUCCUGCUGAUGGCUGUGAAAUGCAGGAGGCGAAUGCAGGACGGCACAUCUGGGUGGGAUGGAACGAGCGGCUCCGGAGCUGGCACUGCAGGUAAUGAGAUACAGAUGAGGGGAGGGAGUGUUUUUUCUGGCAGUCCAGAUGGGCUCAACUUAAUACUUGAUUUAGAGGGUUUGAAAGCGGGGCCCGGCUGCUGGGGAACAGACCCCAGCCCUUCCCAGGGUGGUGAGGCGGGGUCUCCGCUGGCUUUUCAGAUAUUUAAUGGCCCAGCACAGUCUAAACAGGGAAGUACUUUGGGGUGAGAUUAGCACAACAUAAUCACAUCUUAAAAGGUCUUCGGAGACACAAGGCACGUCCGCUCCCAUAUUAAUUACUUGUUAUUAAUAAAGAAGGGGUCAGACUAGAGGUGUUCGCUCUGAGUGUGCUGAUUCCCGCUGUGCAGGGCAGUAGUGUAUCCCAAAGCCCUGCACAGCCCUGCAGCCUCCACCUGCACCCAUGGCACUCCAGAAACCAAAUGGCCAACAUUCCUACAGCUGCCUUUAAAACUAAUUUGCCCCAUAAUACCCUGAAAGAGCCACAUCUUUCUAAGGGCCCAGAACACCUCUGAGUGCUGUAAAAUAGUAACAGCCAGGGUGUCCUCAGCAUGGAAUUUCCUGUUAUGAUUGAUUUCUGAUUUGCAAUGAAAAUACAGCCGCCCAUGUUUCUGGGGCCAGGCUGGUGCAGCUGGCUCACAAGCAGAAGUCGGCUCCCUCUGUUGUCGUGGCACUGACCUUGGAGGACUAUGGCUGAGCUGGGCUGGGAGGAAUUAACAGCCUUCCUUGUUUACCUCCUCUUGCUCCAGUGCCCCCUGAGAUGGAAGGUGUUGAAAGGCAGGUGGGAUGUAGGGUGUACUGGGGGUGAUGUGCCUGGGCAGCCCAUGGGGAAACGUGUUUGAGUUUCCUGAUCGCUGAACAAGAGCAGCCAGGGAGCACACGACGAUGGGACAGGGCAUGGGGGAUCCGCACUGGUGAGGUGUAUCCAGGUUUGCUGCUUUGGGGCUGCAUUUCACUGUGAUGGUGAGCAGAGGCCUUCCUCCCAGCAGGGAGGUACGUGGCCAGGCUGGGUGCCCAGGGAGGGCACAGCCCCCGGUGCACCCUCCUCGCUGUGCUGCGGGCAGCCCAGGCAGCCCUUUUCAUGACAGCAAUUGCACUGAGUAGCACUUGAUGAUUUCUUAAUCCAUGAAUUCCUCUGGUUCCACUGAACUCAGUUAAGAUUUUAGCAGCUGCAGCACGGUGUGGGGAGGAGUGCUUUGGAUUGCUCAUGCACUGAAUGAGGCAGCACCUCCUUUUGCUCUG